AUGGCAGCACGGCACGACCCCAAAGCCGUGGCAAAGCUCAUCUCCUUUGGGACAACUCAGGAGCGGAAAAUGUUCCCGCAGCACUUUGGCGCGGACAGGCUGGGCAUCGAGGCGCUCGGGGCGCAGGGCAGCCCCUUCCUGGGGCCAGGCUCCUACCUGGGGCCAGAGAACAUCCUCAAAUCCUCCACGAGCACCCGGCCCAUGAGCACCCGGGGGUACGUGAUGGGAGCCAGGACAGCCCCGCGAUUCCAGCAGAAGGCUCAGUUCCCACAUUCCCAUCCCCAGUUCCCUCACUCCCAUCCCAGUUCCCUCACUCCCAUCCCCAAUUCCCUCACUCCCAUCCCAAUUCCCUCACUCCCAUCCCCAAUUCCCACAUUCCCAUCCCCGCCGGGCACCUACGAGCUCCGGGGGCCGCCGACCACGGGAGUCUCGUGGCCCAUGAAAUUCGGGGCUCCGGACUGGGCCAAGGUGCCAAGGCCGGCCCAGAGGACGGCCAAGCUGCAGGUGCAGAGGAUUACUCUGGAUAAAAAAUUCCAUAAAACCCAGGGCAGAGAGGCGUACCUGAAGCUCUACCACGGCUGAGGGAAAAUAUCUUUAUUUGGAGCAAUAUUUUAUUAUUUCACCUGCAGCAGGCUGAAUAAAUCCAAUAUACAGA